GGCAUUACUGUGAUUAUUCUCUUAAAGUAAUCUCCUUUUUCGCCGGAGAUUAUGGGAGGCUGUACCUCCAAACCCUCCUCCUCCUCCGGCAGACCUAACCCUUUCGCUCCCGGCAAUGACUACCCUCAAAUUGACGAUUUUGCCCCUGACCAUCCCGGUAAAUCACCACUUCCUACCCCUUCCGCCGCAAAGGCCUCUCCUUUCUUCCCUUUUUACACGCCGAGCCCUGCUCGCCACCGCCGUAAUAAGAGCCGCGACGUCGGCGGAGGAGGAGGAGAGAGCAAGAGCUUGACUAGCACGCCGCUCCGUCAAUUACGCCGUGCGUUUCAUCCUCCGUCUCCGGCGAAACACAUACGGGCGGCGCUACGGCGGAGGAAGGGGAAAAAGGAAGCUGCUUUAUCGGCGGCGACGCAGCUAACGACGGAGAUCCCGCCGCGGGAGGAGGAAGAGGAAUUGGGGCUUGACAAAAGAUUUGGUUUUUCUAAAGAGUUUCACAGUAGAGUAGAGUUAGGGGAAGAGAUUGGACGAGGGCAUUUUGGGUACACUUGCUCUGCUAGAUUCAAGAAAGGAGAGCUCAAAGGUCAAGUGGUUGCUGUUAAAAUCAUCCCAAAAUCUAAGAUGACAACUGCAAUUGCUAUAGAAGAUGUGAGAAGGGAAGUGAAAAUUCUACAGGCUUUAUCUGGACAUAAGAAUCUGGUACAAUUCUAUGAUGCAUUUGAGGACAAUGCAAAUGUCUACAUUGCGAUGGAGCUAUGUGAAGGUGGUGAACUUCUGGACAGAAUACUAGCAAGGGGAGGGAAAUACUCAGAGAAUGAAGCAAAACCGGUGAUUAUACAAAUCCUGAAUGUGGUAGCUUUCUGUCAUCUCCAAGGAGUUGUUCAUCGAGACCUUAAACCAGAGAACUUCUUGUACACUUCCAAGGAGGAGAAUUCUCAGCUUAAAGCGAUAGACUUUGGCUUAUCAGACUUCGUCAGACCAGAUGAAAGACUCAACGAUAUAGUAGGAAGUGCGUACUACGUAGCUCCUGAAGUUCUACACAGAUCAUAUACAACAGAAGCGGAUGUGUGGAGCAUCGGAGUCAUAGCAUACAUUCUACUAUGUGGUAGCCGUCCUUUUUGGGCAAGAACUGAAUCCGGAAUUUUCAGAGCGGUUCUUAAAGCUGACCCGAGUUUCGAUGAACCUCCUUGGCCCUUCUUGUCUUCUGACGCUAAAGACUUUGUUAAGCGGUUAUUGUUUAAGGAUCCCCGGAGAAGAAUGUCAGCCUCCCAAGCCUUGAUGCAUCCUUGGAUCCGAGGUUAUAAUACGGACAUGAAUAUCCCUUUCGAUAUCUUGAUCUUUAGGCAGAUGAAGGCGUACUUGCGAUCUUCUUCAUUACGCAAAGCUGCUUUGAGGGCGCUGUCCAAGACGUUAAUCAAGGAUGAAAUUCUUUACCUGAAAACUCAAUUUUCUCUUCUCGCACCAAACAAAGAUGGCCUAAUCACAAUGGAUACCAUUAGAUUGGCACUUGCAAGCAAUGCAACAGAAGCAAUGAAAGAAUCUCGGAUCCCAGAGUUUCUUGCUUUGCUAAAUGGACUUCAAUACAGAGGAAUGGAUUUCGAAGAGUUUUGUGCAGCUGCUAUAAACGUUCAUCAGCACGAGUCGCUUGAUUGUUGGGAACAGAGCAUUCGACAUGCUUAUGAGCUUUUCGACAAGAAUGGAAACCGAGCUAUUGUCAUUGAAGAACUUGCCUCUGAACUUGGUGUUGGACCAUCUAUACCCGUACAUUCGGUUCUACAUGAUUGGAUCAGACACACUGAUGGGAAACUAAGCUUCUUCGGGUUUGUUAAACUGUUACAUGGAGUCUCUGUUCGACCCUCGGCGAAAACUUCGAUUCAAUCUUCAUCGACAGCCAUGACUGAGUAUUGGGUAAGUCAAGGAAACAAAUGGUGCGAAUUCUGUAAGAUCUGGAUACAGAACAAUCCAACAAGUAUUAGAAACCAUGACCUUGGUAAGCGUCACCGAGAAUGUGUCGAUAAGAAGCUCACUGAUAUGCGUGAGAAGAGUGCAGCCAAAGACAAAGAGCUCAAGAAAAACGAAAAACUGCUUCAACAGAUCGAAGCUAAAGCAACUCGUAGCUAUCAGAAAGAUAUAGCAACUGCUCAACAAGUAGCUAAAGCAAACGGUGCACCAGAGGAUGGUACAUCUGGUUGGGUGCUUGACAGUGCUUCGGGCUAUUAUUAUAACCAGACUAAUGGUCUGCACUAUGAUUCACAGUCUGGAUUCUAUUACAGUGACUCCAUAGGACAUUGGGUGACACAAGACGAGGCAUACGCUGCGGUUAAAACUUCAUCAGGAACUAAAGUACCUCUCGUUAAAAAGCCUGUACUUUCUUCAGAAGCUGGACCAAGUGUGGUGAAACCACCUGGUCGUCUUGUCACGGCUUCUUUAAACCCUAAAAGGGCUGUUAAAGGAGCUCCGUCAUCUGUUGAUCUUGGCAACAACAAGAGAAAGAGACAAGAUGAGAAACCUAAGAAAGUUUCUGCAGAAGAGAAAGCUGCAUUGAAGGCGAGAGAAGCUGCUAGGAAACGAGUUGAAGAUAGAGAAAAACCAUUGCUUGGUCUUUACAAUAGACCCUUCUGAUGCAUCAUUGGCUUGAUUCUCUCUGUAAAGGGAGAGGCUAAACAAAGAAUAGUGAUGACUGAUGAUUGAUCUCAUUGUGGCAGUUAUUUCAGUUAUUCCUACAUGACUGUUUAUUCCAAAACUCUCUGGUAUUUCUGGGGGCAUUGGUCUUGUGUUCUUCUAACUGUUGUUCAAGUCAUAUCAGUUUCUUAUUUGUUGUACACCUUUUAUAGUCAAAGAGUGAUGGAAGGCCCCACAUUUUACCGGAAUUUUGAUGAAAGAUAUGAAGUCUUGGGACAUCUUCACAAAACAGGGACUUUUUUUUCUCUCUUGAAAACGCCUUUAAACAUGUAAGAAGUUUGUCUUAACAAAAGUUCUGUUAUUUU